ACAAAAAAAAAGACAAAGUAGCUCUUCGAACGGGGUACGGUGAGCAGAUAUUCGGAGUUCUUUAUGUUUUGCACACACAACACGAGAUGGGCAUUGUCGUUUUUGUGGUUGGGUCGUUCAAGCUGGCGACAACACUCGACAGUGCCACAACAGUGCUUUUCGUUCUAAGGGUGGUCUUAAGGAAUGCAUAUAUUCCAACGUUGGCAUCGUCGCCUAGCCGGAUCGACCUGAUUCCCUACCUUUAAUGCCAUCUUUAAUUUACGCAGCCGAUCGAUUUAUUGUAUACAGAUCUGAAGCUACAACUUGGCAAUCCCAUCCCAUCCUAUACAUCACAACGCAUUCACGACAGUCUUUUGACCGAUAAACAACACAAUGAGCCUCUCACCAGUCACAGUAUCCCGGCCUCCACACUCGGGACGAUGGCCUCGCACUGCAAGGCUGGUCUGGCGGGAAAGGGAGGAGACCUCUGAUGACGGCGAGGCAUUGCUAGUAUGGGACGAGGUCUGGACGAGACCAAGCCGCAAGUUUGGCCGCUCCAAGGAAGGUCGCCUGCGGCAGGUGGCCGAGAUCCCGGCGCUGGCGCCGCACUUCCCGCGCCUGCUCAAGGCGAACCGCAUAAACGGCGUGCUGACGCUGGCCCGGCCCGCCUACCGGCGACGGGCGCUGCUGUCGGAGCUCGACGCCGCGACGCUCCGGCGCCUCAAGGCCGACCUCAAGGCCGUCUUUAGCGCGCUCUACGACCACGCCAUCGCCUACGUCUUUACCCCCGACGGCUUCGAGGUCGUGUCUCGCUGUCGGCCGUGGGAGCGGAGGCCGUCGUCGUCGUCCGAGUCGGAGUCGGGGGAGUCGACGUGUACAGAGGCGUCGGGCGAGACCGAGGAUGGUACUGCUGCUGCUGCUGCUGCUGCUGUUGCGCCGGCGGAGUGGUCAAUCUAUAUUGAUGGGUGGAACCAUGCCACCCGCCACAAGGUGCGGGAUCCCGGGUCCAAGAAGACGGCGUAUUUCUCAGAGAUGGAGGCAGAGCAGCUGCAGCGGAUAGACGAGUACUUUGCUCCUUUUGAGACCCGUGCAAAGACUAGCAUCUUCGCCUUGCUCAACCACGACUGAGGCUGUCACAAUAGUCCGUCCGCAAAGCAUGCUUGCA